CAUCUCCCACAACAACCGUCACUUCCAUCCACUCUUGACCAUUGCGCUGCUGCACUGCAAUCUUUGAGUCUUGCGAGCGGCCUCGACUCGACUCCCCCUCCUCCUUCCCCCUCCCCCGCCGCGACAAACACCCGAGCUCACAAUCAUGACAAUAACGACCCUACCGCUCCGGCACCUCCUCUCCGGUGUCAACGCCGACGACUUUCCCAAGCGCCGUGUCCUCGCCGAUGUGAACAUCAAGGUGGCCAAGGCGAAGAAGGUCAUCGUCGUGUCGGGUGCGGGCAUCAGCUGCAGUUCUGGCAUCCCGGACUUCCGCUCCGCCGACGGACUGUACGCCAUGGUCAAGGACAAGUACCCCGACGCCUUUGUAUCCGGCAAGGAGCUGUUCUCGUCGGGCCUGUUCAACAACCCAGCCACCACGUCCAUCUUCUACACCUUUAUCGCCGAGCUGUCGCUUGCAUGCCAGGCCGCACAGCCCACGCGGACGCACCACUUCAUCCAGCGCCUCGAGACAAAGGGCAAGCUGCUGCGGAGCUACACGCAGAACGUGGAUGGGUUCGAGCGGCGGAUGGGCAUCGAGUCGGGCGGGCGGGGCAACGGGCUGAAAAAGAACGGCACACGAAACGUCGAGCUUCACGGCGAUCUGGGGCGCGUGCGCUGCGUUCUCUGCUUUGCCGACUAUGAGGCGCGCCUCGACUAUGUCGAGAUGUUCCGCGAGGGCGAAGCGCCAGACUGUCCGGCAUGCCAGGAGAGGUGCAUGGAGCGCCUGAAUCGUUCGGCGAGGGCCACGUCGGUCGGAACACUCCGCCCCGCGAUUGUGCUGUACGAUGAGCCGCACCCGCUCGGCGACGAGAUUGGCGCGCUGCAGGCUCACGACAUGCGCCGCGGCCCCGACGUGCUGCUCAUCAUGGGCACGUCGCUCAAGGUCCACGGGCUGAAGCGCCUCGUCAAGGACUUUGCCAAAACGGUGCACGAGAAGAAGGGCGUCGUGGUCUUUGUCAACGCCACAGCACCCAGCAAGGAGUGGGACGGCGUCAUCGAUUACCAUGUCGAGGGCGAUACGGAUUCCUGGGUUGAGCGUGUUGAGGAGGACUGGAAGAAGGUCCGCCCGCAGGACUGGGAGAUCCAGACGGUCCUCGACGGCGAGGUCGUGCAUAAAUCGAUUGCGAAGGGGAAGGCCAAGGCCAAGCCGAAGUACAUCCCCGAGGUCGUCUUGGAACCGUACCAGUUACCGACUCCGCCUGCGUCCCAAGAGUGCCCCUCGUCUCCUGCGUCAGCAGCGACCUUUGUGUCUUCGUCCUUGUCGUCCCCAGGGCCCUCGCGCCCACCAUCGCCCCGGCGGACCUCACCUCGUUCCCCCGAUGGCUCGUCUCCGUUAUCAUCCGCCCCUCCAACGCCAAGGUCUUCGGUCGCUCGGACCCCUGCGACCGCCCCGCCUACCCCCGUCUCACCGAGCAAGCGUCAGAAUGCGGCCACGUCAGUCAAGGUCACCAAGAAGAAGACGAGGAUCGAGCCGCCGCCAUCGCCGACCGGCGUCACCGCAGCACCUGGGCGUGGUAACUUAUUCGAGGCCACCGCCAACGUCAACAACUGUCCAUCAGAUCCAGAUGUCUUUGGGGUCGUUGGAACCUCGGCAGUCAAGCCGCGCGUGCGUGUAAAGGCGGUGCCCAAGGCGGGCGCAGUCGCAGCUACCAAGGCGAGGACGUUUGCACGAUCCCGCAGCGCAGCAGAAGCGACGUUUUCGUUGCCCAGCGGAGUCUUCAACUCUGCGUCGGCUUCGGCCGAGUUGGCGGACAAGGAGAAUGCCCAGCCAGUGCAGCAGCCUAGCCAGGCGCGGCCUCGGAUGGCUCGCCGCACGAGGUCUUUACGGGCGUAGUGAUGGGGG